CGACAGGCGGUGUAAUUAAUAAAUCAAUCAAGCCGUCUCCCAAGUUGCCCAUGACAGUCGUAGUUGGACCCACGUAGUCUUCUUGAUCCUUCCCACGAUUCAAUGAACAGGGGAGCUCAGCUUCUUCCAUAUGAAUAUUGAAGUCUGAUUGCCCCGCUGAAAGCUCCGAUCUUUAUCGGCAGUCCCCAUGAAAUUGGAAUCUGAUUGCACCGAGAAAGCUGCGAUCUUUAUCGACAAACCUUCGGGAAAUAGAGAGCGGAGAAAGGUGCGAUCUUGAAAAUGGGUCAAGAGAAGAGGAAUUCGACCCUUCCGACCACCGCCAAUGGCCGGGCGCCCGGGGGGGGACGGCCGGUCCCCCGCGGCAGGCAGAUGCAGAAGACCUUCAACAACGUCAAGAUCACGAUCCUCUGCGGCUUCGUGACCAUCCUCGUCCUCCGGGGGACGAUCGGGGUGGGCAACCUCGGCGCCUCCGAGGCCGACGCCGUCAACCAGAACCUCAUCGAGGAGACUAACCGGAUCCUCGCGGAGAUCCGAUCAGACUCCGACCCUACUGACCCCGACGAGCCCGCCGAGCCAGAAAUCAACCCCAACGUGACCUACACCCUCGGACCUGAGAUCUCCAAUUGGGAUGAUGACAGGAAGAAAUGGCUAGAGGGUAAUCCUGAAUUCCCCAGCCAUGUCAAUGGCAAGCCGAGAGUUCUGCUCCUGACAGGGUCCCCGCCAAACCCUUGCGAUAACCCAAUCGGUGAUCAUUACUUGCUGAAGGCGGUGAAGAACAAGAUUGAUUACUGUCGCAUUCACGGGAUUGAGGUUGUCUACAAUAUGGCUCAUCUGGACAAGGAGCUUGCCGGGUAUUGGGCGAAACUGCCGAUGAUUCGGAGGUUGAUGUUGUCCCAUCCCGAGGUCGAGUGGAUUUGGUGGAUGGACAGUGAUGCCUUAUUCACGGAUAUGGUAUUCGAGAUCCCGCUCUCGAAGUACUCCAAGCACAAUUUGGUCAUCCACGGGUACCCUGACCUGCUGUUCGAUCAGAAGUCGUGGAUCGCUCUGAAUACAGGGAGCUUUCUGUUCAGGAACUGCCAGUGGUCCUUGGACUUGCUCGAUGCGUGGGCUCCGAUGGGACCGAAAGGCCCCAUUCGGGACGAGGCAGGAAAGAUUCUGACCGCAAACCUGAAGGGAAGGCCUGCAUUCGAGGCGGAUGAUCAGUCUGCUCUGAUCUAUCUCUUGAUCUCACAGCAGGAUAAGUGGAUGGACAAGGUGUUCAUCGAGAACUCAUAUUACUUGCACGGUUAUUGGGCUGGGCUCGUGGAUCGGUAUGAGGAGAUGAUCGAGAAGUACCACCCGGGUCUGGGAGACGAGAGAUGGCCCUUCGUGACACAUUUUGUCGGCUGCAAGCCCUGCGGGAGCUACGGGGAUUAUCCAGUAGAGAGGUGCUUGAGUAGCAUGGAGAGGGCAUUCAACUUUGCGGAUAAUCAGGUUCUGAACCUUUACGGGUUUGGGCACAGGGGCCUGUUGAGUCCCAAGAUCAAGAGGAUACGGAACGAAACUGAUACUCCUCUGGAGUAUGUCGAUAAAUUCGAUAUCCGUCGAACAUCACAUAGCUUGUGACCUUCGGAGAUUUUGGUGAUCUGUAGGUAAGAUAUGUAUUCAACUGGUAAAAAGGAGUCGAAUGUCAGCGACGGUUCUGUUGUUCAGUUGAGUGCCACUCGACCUAUCUUGGGUCGUUCUCUUUCGUGGAUCGGGAAGAUGGCUUCAUUUCAUUUGUUAAUUUAAAUUUUUACAGAGACUAAGUUGCUGCUCUGGUUCAGCAAUCAGUGAAAGCUCAGGUACAUAGCUCUAUGUUGUAUUACAUCUUUCUGUAUAUUUCCGGAAACAAGCUACGAUCGUUUGUAGUUUGAUGAAUUGGUUAUCCUUGGCUGUUUUUUCCAAUAACUAUUGAAAGCAAUCGGGACCAAUCGAACAUUAAAUGGACCUUUCCCCUGUAGGAAA